ACUGCUCAUAAAUUUUCUAUGAAUUGCAGGUGCAAACAAAAUGUGAUGGUCUGCCACUUGCUCUAAAGGUGAUUGGAAGUUCUUUCAAUGGCGAACCCCACGAGGUCUGGAAGAACAAGCUUUCUAAAGGAGAAUACAUAUCAGAUUAUGAGAAAAAGGGGUUAUUUAGAUCAUUGCAAACCAGUAUUGACUCCUUGGAGGAUGUAACCAAGGAAUGUUUUUUUGGACUUGGCAAUAUUUCCAUAGGACAGGAAAAUAUGUGCUGAUGCACUAUUGGACAUUUGGGUUUAUGUUCGAAAGCUAGAGAAGCAUAAUGCCUUUGCCAUAUUAUCAGAACUCGCAAACAAAAACCUAUUAAAGUUUACAAGCAAAUCAAGGGGAAGUAAAACAAUCUCAUAUGAAAAUGCUUCGGAGUUAUACAUUUCCCAACAUAAUGUAAUGCGAGAUUUGGUAUCAUAUUUGGCACACAAAGACAAUGCAAUCCACAGCAAGAGGUUGGUCAUAACAAGGACUGAGUGUGGUUUGUUAAGUGAAGGGGAGUUGAUUAAUGAUAGUGCUUUGGACACUCAAAUUCUCUCUGUUCUCACAGAACCUAUGGAGGAAAAUCACUGGCAUGAUAUUGAUUUCCCCGAGACAAAGGCUCUGUUGUUAGCCUUCACUUCAAGAGAAUAUAUUCUUCCCCCAUUUUCGCAAUCCAUGAAAAAACUCAAGUUCUUGAUGGUAUUCAAUUGCUGUACAAAGAAGGCAACAGUGAAAGGUCUAGAAGUCUUAUCUUCGCUCACUCAACUCAAGAGUAUCCGCUUGGAGAGGCUGAUUUCACCCCUCGGUGGAAAACAGAGCAUUGAAGAACUACAGAGCAUAGAGAAAAUAUCUUUGAGCUUAUGUGAAGGAUUUAGAAAUAUAUCCACAUUUGACACAACCAAGCUACAACAUUUUAACCUGGACCACAGCAGUGAUUUGGAAGAGUUGCCUAUUGAAAUCUGCAAUAUGCCCUCUGCUCUGUCAUGGUCCAUUACCAACUAUCAUCUACUUCAAAAUUUACCAUAUGAUCUUGGAAAUAUGAGUCACCUAAGAAUAUUAAGGCUUUCAGCAUUACCAGGCCUGAAAGAGCUUCUAGUAUCAAUUGGAAAACUUGAAGAGUUGGAAUAUCUGGACAUUUCAGUAUGUGAGUGCAUGAAACAACUUCCAAAGGAAAUAGGACAAUUCAAGAAAUUAAGGGAGUUUGAUAUGAGGGAAUGCUCUCGUUUGAGAAGGUUACCCACAACUGUUUGUGAACUCAGUUGCCUGAAGCUUGUUGUGUGUGAUGAGAAGAUUGGAAAGCAGUGGAUGAGGGCCAAGAACAUUUCUAUACCGGAGCUUAGAGUUGAGAUUGUGGAAGCAAAUUUUAGUUUGGAUUGGCUUGAUGAUUAACUUAUUUUCUCAUCUCUUGUCUCGUUAUGAGACAAUCUUAACAUUCUUCAUACCGAAAGGCGGGCAUAAUAUAAAAGAUGGGGGUAUUAUCAAGGAUGAAAUCGAGCUGCAGGCGAAAUGUCUUCUCUCGGCUUCAGGGUAAUGUCUCACCAUCAGCGUCACACUUCAGCUCUAAUCAUACCCUCCAUGCCUAUAUCUUCAUCUUAUGGGUCGUGAUUGAUUAUUUUGACAUGUUCAAUGACAUUUAUUCCUCCUAUUUUAUCUAUUGAAUAGUAAUGUUAUCUUUGUUACA